GAACCAUGCGCUCGUCGCCUGCUACUGUUGGCGUUGAGAAAUCCAGGCUUGAAAACUCGCGAAAACGUACGAAGUAUUUAUUUAACUGUUUACCUCAUGCACAGUGUUUACAACGACUGAAAACUGCUUGCCCACAUUGAUUAAAUUGAUUUAGGUUGAAAAAAGCUACGCCGUCGACUGUGCUAAUGGGUGGAAUAACGGCCCGGGUUCUUUACUACCCGACUCUACUCUUUAACGUUGUCAUGUCUAAAGUAUCGUCUAGGCGCUGGUAUGACCGGAUCGACUCUACUGUCAUUUUAGGAGCAUUGCCCUUCAGAGGAAUUACCAAGCAGCUUGUGGAAGAUGAGAAUGUUCGUGCUGUGAUAACAAUGAAUGAAGAAUAUGAAACAAGAUUCUGGGUGAAUAAUAAGGAGGAAUGGGAAGCAGCUGGUGUUGAACAACUCCGACUGACGACACAAGAUUUUGUUGGUACACCGUCAUCAGAGAAUGUGAAUAAAGCUGUGGAUUUUAUUUACAAAUAUAAAGAAAUGAACAAAAGUGUUUAUAUUCACUGUAAAGCUGGUAGAACGAGAAGUGCUACUAUAACAGCUUGUUAUCUUAUGAAGGACAAUGGAUGGAAUCCCCAAACAGCUUAUAAUUUUAUCAAGUCUAAAAGAAGUCACAUCAUAUUAAGACAAAAACAAUGGAAUACAUUAGAAGAUUAUUACCAAUCAAUUAAUGAAUCACCUAGGUAA